UACGAGAUUUACAUAAAUUUGCUGACCAAUGCUUUACCAGAGAAAUCAAAACAAACAAGAAAUUAGCCACCGUUCUACUUCUUCUCCAUAUGGCGAGUGGCGGACCAGGAAACCAACCACCUCCACCAUCACCACCAUACAAACCAUACAAAUUAGUUCGAACCCUAACUGCACAUACUCGAGCAGUAUCCUGUGUAAAAUUCUCAAACGAUGGAGCUCUCUUAGCUUCUUCCUCCCUAGACAAAACCCUAAUUGUUUGGUCAUCAAAAACCCUAACAACAGUUUCUCGGCUUAUAGGUCAUGCGGAAGGUGUUUCAGAUUUAGCAUGGUCAUCUGAUUCACACUACAUUUGUUCAGCUUCAGAUGAUAAAACCAUUAGAAUUUGGGAUGCACAUUCUGGUGAAUCAGUUAAAACCCUAAAAGGUCAUUCUGGUUUUGUAUUUUGUGUUAAUUUUAAUCCUCAAUCAAAUUUGAUUGUUUCUGGUUCUUUUGAUGAAACUGUCAGGGUUUGGGAUGUUAAAAAUGGGAAAUGUGUACAUGUAAUUAGAGGUCAUUCUGAACCUGUUACUUCUGUACAUUUUAUUAGAGAUGGAUCAAUUAUUGUUUCUGGUAGUCAUGAUGGUUCUUGUAGAAUUUGGGAUGCUGCUACUGGAGCUUGUUUGAAAACAUUAAUUGAUGAUAAAAGACCUGCUGUUUCUUUUGCUAAGUUUUCGCCUAAUGGGAAGUUUAUCCUUGUUGCUACCCUUGAUGAUACUCUGAAGCUAUGGAAUUAUUCUACAGGAAGGUUCUUGAAAGUCUACACAGGUCAUGUAAACAGAGUAUUUUGCAUAACAUCAACAUUCUCUGUGACAAAUGGGAAGUACAUUGUGAGCGGGUCAGAAGAUCACUGCGUCUACAUAUGGGAUCUUCAAUUGAAAAAUAUGAUUCAGAGACUGGAAGGCCACACCGAUACCGUCGUCUCUGUAACGUGCCACCCUACCGAAAACAAAAUUGCCUCCGCUGGUCUUGAUAGGGAUAGAACUGUGAGAAUAUGGUUGCAGGAAGCAUGAUUAUGUUGAUUUUGGGAGUAGGGGUGAACUACUAGAACAUUUCAUUUAAAUAUACUGUAUACCAUUUUGUAGAGUGAAAUUAAGGGUAUUACCGUCGAUUGUACAUUUCUGUUGAAUUACAAUCCUUCUAUGAUAAAAAUUUAUACA